AUUUUGUACAAACUUUUAGGAGCGGCUAAAGCUAGCACACAUGGCAAAAGAGCAAGCCCAAAUUUUGCUUGUGUUGGCCUGUGCAGGAAAAAAAUGAAUGAACAGUAGGCUUUCUUGAUUGGUUUAGAGUUUUGUGUGAGGUAGGACACGAGAAAAUUGAGGGAGGCUAUCCAUUUUCAAAGUUUGAAUUGAAGCCAAGGGAACCAAACAAGAAAACAAAUUAGACUAAGAGUAAGAGAGAGAGAGAGAGAGAGAGAGAGAGAGAGGUGCUUUUCUUUUCUGUUCUCGAGGCCCUUUGUUGUCUCCUUCUAUGGUUUCUUCAUAUAGGGGUUUAUGAUUCUUGAGGACAAAGUUUAGACCUUUAUAAGAGCCUUCUUUGUGGGUUUGUAGUUUUGAAGAAGACUCUGUUUUGAGAUUGUUGUUUUCAUUUGCUUUCUUGUUUUGGCUGGUGAUUUUGUGAAAAUGAUAAGGUGGUGGAUAUCUGCUCUGCAAUUAACAGAGCUAUUUGUUAGUGUCGUAGUGCAUGUGGUAUAUGGCUUUUACAUAUUUAGCUCUGCUGUUGCUGGUGACCUCUCACAAACUUUGAACGAAUGGGUUUUCAAGCCUAAUAUGAACAUUGUGGUGAAAGAAGACCUCAGAGGGACAUCAAAAACCACCACCAAUGGUGAUGACCUGCCUCCUAUUGUGUUGGUCCAUGGAAUCUUUGGAUUUGGCAAAGGGAAAUUGGGCGGUUUAUCAUAUUUCGCUGGGGCUGAGAAGAAAGAUGAGAAGGUUCUGGUGCCCGAUUUGGGGUCCUUAACCAGCAUAUACGAUAGGGCUCGCGAGUUGUUCUAUUAUUUGAAAGGCGGGCAAGUUGAUUAUGGUGAAGAACACAGCAAGGCUUGUGGCCACUCUCAAUUUGGACGAAUUUAUGAACAAGGGCACUAUCCCGAAUGGGAUGAGGAUCACCCAAUUCACUUUGUUGGGCAUUCCGCCGGAGCACAAGUUGUUCGAGUGCUGCAGCAAAUGCUUGCUGACAAGGCUUUCAAGGGGUAUGAGAACACUUCGGAGAAUUGGGUAUUAAGCUUAACAUCCUUAUCUGGAGCCUUCAAUGGGACUACAAGAACAUAUUUAGAUGGGAUGCAGCCAGAAGAUGGAAGAACCUUGAAACCAAUAUGUCUGCUUCAAAUCCUGCGCUUAGGCGUGAUAAUUUAUGACUGGCUUGACAUACGCUUGCUGAAGGAUUAUUACAAUUUUGGAUUUGAUCAUUUUAACAUGUCAUGGAAGAAAAUGGGAAUUUUGGGUCUUUUUGAUUGUCUUUUGGGAAAUACUGGUCCAUUUGCAACAGGAGAUUGGAUACUUCCUGAUCUUACAAUUCAAGGGUCUAUGCAACUCAACUGUCAUCUUCAAACCUUUCCCAAUACAUACUAUUUCAACUAUGCUACUAAGCGUACUAGAAAAAUAAUGGGUGUCACAGUUCCUUCAAGCAUCCUUGGAAUCCAUCCAUUGCUCUUUAUAAGAGUGUUGCAAAUGAGCCAAUGGAGUUUUCCUCCAGAUAUCUCCCCACCUUACAAAGGAUACAGGGAUGAGGACUGGCAGGAGAAUGAUGGAGCACUUAACACCAUAUCCACGACCCACCCUUGUAUCCCAAUCGAACAACCAAGCUGUAACAUUACAAAUGAUUCUGAGUGUCAACCCCUGCAACCAGGAAUCUGGUACUAUAAGACUGUGGAAGCAGAUCAUAUUUUCUUCAUUGUGAACAGGGAAAGAGCAGGAGUUCAAUUUGAUCUUAUAUAUGAUAGCAUUUUUGAACGUUGCAGAAAGCAUGUAUUUAGGAAGAAUCCACAAACCCUACCAAACGAAGCACAACCCCACCAAUAGUUUAAUGAUAGCAUUGUUACUCCAUUCUUUAAAAUUAUCACAAUUGCAGUGGUAGUUUCUUUUUUUUUAUUUUUCCCCUUCCUUUCUGUUACUUUGUAAAUGCAAAUUUCAUCGAGGAAUUACUAUCGUGAGCAAUGUCAACCCAGGCUAGUCCUUGAAAAUGCCCUUUAGCUGUUCUUCUGCAGUCUUUUUUUUUUCUUCCUUCCAGCUUUGCUAGAGACGUCAUCGGCUUAGAUUGUAUAUUAGACUUUCUUAGGCCUACUAGUGUUGGUGGGUUGGUUGAUGUAAUUCCUUUCUUUUUCUUCUCUUUCUUUUUUGUUUGGAUAGAAUUAGUUAAUGUAAUUUUGAUACUAUUAUCGUCU